GAUUGUGAGGGUGAGAAAAGAGAGAGAGAGAGAGAGAGAGAGAGAGCUACAGUCAACUAGAUCAGAUUGCAAAAGAUGAUAGAGAGAGCUGUUCAGUUAAUAAGCACUGAGGAAGUAUUCUACGGUUUUGUAAAAAUGUGGAGGAUGGACUUGUUAGUAAAGAUGAGGACUGAGCUUGCGACCAGUUGAAGAUAUUGCUUCAGAGGAUGGACAUAUAAUACCUGUAUUUUCACUGGGAUAGACCUUACUAAACACUUCGCACCUUUUUCGCACGUUGAGAACUGAGUGACAUUUGUCUGAACUCACUACGGCCUCUGAAAAAGAAAAAGAAGAGAGCAAAAAACAAGGAUGGAGAAAUUCAAAGGGGGUCUGCGCCUUGUGCUGAAGAUGAUGGAAUGGUUUUCUCCAGUUUUAGAGUAACACACAAAAGAAGGAGCAGCUGCGGUGGCAGAUGCAGAGAAUGCCUCAGUUUGGUUAACAGGGACACUGGGAACAGAUAAGAUACCACCUUUGAGUUCUGCAGCCUCAGGGAGGACAAGCAUAAACACAAGGGCCUGGAUUAAAACGCACAGCUCCCACCCAGCUCCGUGUCUAUGACUCACUAAAAUGCAGCUUAGACAGUGAUCAAGCUGUGAGGGGCUUCAAUCACACACUGGGGCUCCAGGCCUGCCCUUCUGCUCUGAUCGUGCAGCUGGAUGCGCCGCCAGGAGCAUGAGUGUGGGAAGAAUCAAUCGCUACAGCAUUGUGUCAUCUGAGGAAGAAGGCCUGCGCCUCACUACCAUGCAUGGCAUGAACGGCUUUGGCAAUGGCAAGAUCCACACACGCCGCAAGUGCCGCAACCGAUUCGUCAAAAAGAAUGGCCAGUGCAACGUGCAGUUUGCCAAUAUGGACGACAAGUCGCAGCGCUACAUGGCCGAUAUUUUUACCACUUGUGUUGAUAUUCGUUGGCGAUGGAUGCUGGUAGUCUUCACUCUCGUGUUUGUUGUCUCCUGGCUAGCCUUUGGCUUAGCCUUCUGGGUAAUCGCUUUACUGCAUGGGGAUCUAGAUAACCCUGCUGGAGAUGACAACUUCACUCCAUGUGUUCUCCAGGUCAACGGAUUUGUGGCUGCCUUUCUCUUCUCCAUUGAAACACAGUCUACCAUAGGUUAUGGCUACCGUUGUGUGACUGAGGAAUGCCCAGUGGCAGUGUUUAUGGUGGUCUUCCAGUCCAUAGUGGGUUGUAUCAUUGACUGCUUCAUGAUUGGCGCCAUCAUGGCCAAGAUGGCAAGGCCAAAGAAGCGAGCACAAACACUGUUGUUUAGCCACAAUGCUGUCAUUGCCAUGCGGGAUGGAAAGUUGUGCCUCAUGUGGAGGGUAGGGAACCUUCGCAAAAGCCACAUUGUAGAGGCCCAUGUAAGGGCACAGCUCAUCAAACCUCGGAUCACUGAUGAGGGGGAAUAUAUUCCUCUAGACCAGAUUGACAUUAAUGUAGGAUUUGACAAAGGACUGGACAGGAUUUUCUUGGUUUCACCUAUAACUAUUCUCCAUGAAAUAGAUGAGGAGAGCCCCCUUUUUGGAAUCAGCAAACAAGACCUAGAGACAGCAGACUUUGAGAUUGUUGUCAUCUUGGAGGGGAUGGUUGAAGCCACUGCCAUGACCACACAGGCCCGCAGCUCCUACUUGGCCUCUGAGAUCCUUUGGGGUCACCGGUUUGAGCCGGUCUUGUUUGAGGAGAAGAACCUGUACAAGGUGGAUUACUCUCAUUUUCAUAAAACUUAUGAGGUGCCGUCCACCCCCCGCUGCAGUGCCAAGGACAUGGUGGAGAACAAAUUCCUAGUCCCCAGCUCUAACUCCUUCUGCUAUGAAAAUGAGCUGGCCUUCCUAAACCGUGAUGAUGAGGAGGAGGAUGUAGGCGGUGGAAGCAGGGCACUGGCAAACCUCAGUCCAGACCGGAACAGCCGGCACGAAUUUGACCGCUUACAGACCACCAGGGCGCUGGAUCAAAGGUCAUAUCGUAGAGAGUCAGAAAUAUGACCCAGGGUCAACUUUCAAUAACUUUAUCCAUGGAUAAAAUGCAGAACAAUGCAAAGUGCCAUAGGAAAAGCUGACUACUGUGAUAGAUUGGAAAAGACAGAGUAACAGAGACUUAACUGGAAGGAAUGGGGGUAAAGCAGAAGUGCACAGCUUAGAAAAUUGUGGUAAGGAAUGUCUACAAUCAAGGAAAAGGCUAAAGAAAGACCUUCUUCCUUCAUGGAAACUUGAAUCUUUUUCACAUGGUCAUUUUUGAGUUAAGAACGGUCACUGAUAGUGCAUCAAAAAGCUAUUAUGACAGAAUCUUAUAAUCAAAUCUUAGGUGUAAAUACAUUACUUAGGUAAGUUAUGUUUUGUGUGCAGUAUCAGUUUCCAAAAACACCUUUAAAAAACAAAAUUUACUACUUUAACUUGCUCUUGGGCACAAAUAAUAGUGGUACAAGGCUUCACCUACGCUCUCCUCUCAUUGCUGUAAUUUGCUGGACCUGAGUUCAGUGACACAUUGAAAAUUCAUGCUCUGCAGCGUUCAGAUGCAAUGAGCCAUGAUAAAACAUCUGACCGUGAGCUACAGAGAACAGUGUAUUUCACCACUUAGCUUUAGUGUCAGACUGAUCCGUAAAUCCACCAACAAGACAAAACGAAAAGCACCUUAAACAAAUAAACUAGUAUAGGGAAAUUAAGUAAAAAAAAAUAAAUAAAUAAACGACAAUAUUUAUAUAUAUAGGAAAAUCAGACAUCUUAUAUUAUCUUGUAUAUGUUCCUUUCAUAAUUUGGCUUCACCACCAUAUACAUAUGAGGUUAUGUACCAAUUAUUGCUACAUUAAACAAAACUAAAGCACAAAUGGAGACUCGCUUUCUCUCUCUCUCUCCUUCCAAAAUCAGGUAUAUACGGGCCAUAAAAAAACAAAAAAACAAUACAGCAGGAAAGGAAACUAACCCCAUAAGAAGGAAACAGUAAAAUCUACCUUUUCUUCAUUGCUCAACAAAUUACCACUACAAAAUUAUUAUGCUGGUAUUCAUUAAAAUUUCUCUUCUGUGCAAUAUUGAAAUCAAACCUGUAACAAAAAAUCAUAUUUUCUUCUUUUCAACAACAAAUCUAUGCAUAUCUUUAAACUACAGCAUCAAGGGACAGAUAUUCUUCUCAUUUCUGUGUAAAAGGAAUUAAAAGGAAUUGUGUGAUCACUUUAAUCAGCACUUAAUCCUUAAAAAAACAGCC